AUGGGCAACGCCGCCGCCGCCAAGAAGGGCAGUGAGCAAGAGAGCGUGAAAGAGUUCUUAGCCAAAGCCAAAGAAGAUUUUCUUAAAAAAUGGGAAAAUCCUGCUCAGAACACAGCCCACUUGGAUCAGUUUGAACGAAUUAAGACCCUGGGCACGGGCUCCUUCGGGCGGGUGAUGCUGGUGAAGCACACGGAGACCGGGAACCACUACGCCAUGAAGAUCCUCGACAAACAGAAGGUGGUGAAGCUGAAACAGAUUGAGCACACCCUGAACGAGAAGCGCAUCCUGCAGGCGGUCAACUUUCCGUUCCUUGUCAAACUCGAGUUCUCCUUCAAGGACAACUCAAAUUUAUACAUGGUCAUGGAGUACGUGCCCGGUGGGGAGAUGUUCUCACACCUGCGACGGAUCGGGAGGUUCAGUGAGCCCCACGCGCGCUUCUACGCCGCCCAGAUUGUCCUGACCUUUGAGUACCUGCACUCGCUUGAUCUCAUCUACCGGGACCUGAAGCCGGAGAACCUCCUCAUCGACCAGCAGGGCUACAUUCAGGUGACAGACUUCGGUUUUGCCAAGCGUGUGAAAGGCCGCACCUGGACCUUGUGUGGGACCCCCGAGUACCUGGCCCCCGAGAUCAUCCUGAGUAAAGGCUACAACAAAGCUGUGGACUGGUGGGCCCUGGGGGUCCUCAUCUAUGAAAUGGCCGCAGGCUACCCCCCCUUCUUCGCCGACCAGCCCAUCCAGAUCUACGAGAAGAUUGUCUCUGGGAAGGUGCGGUUUCCAUCCCACUUCAGCUCUGACUUGAAGGAUCUGCUGCGCAACCUCCUACAAGUGGAUCUCACCAAGCGCUUUGGGAACCUCAAGAAUGGGGUCAAUGAUAUAAAGAACCACAAGUGGUUUGCCACAACUGACUGGAUUGCCAUCUACCAGAGAAAGGUGGAAGCUCCCUUCAUACCAAAGUUUAAAGGCCCUGGGGACACAAGUAACUUUGACGACUAUGAGGAGGAAGAGAUCCGAGUCUCCAUCAAUGAGAAGUGUGGCAAGGAGUUUUCUGAGUUCUAGGGGUGUGACUGUGCCCCCAUGGGUUUUCUUUCUUUCCUUAUUUUUUCUUUUUUGGUGGGGGGGUGGGAGGGUUGGAUUGAACAGCCAGAGGGCCCCAGAGUUCCUUGCAUCUAAUUUAACCUGCCCAGCCCCACCCUCCAGGGUAGGGGGAGCAGGAAGUCCAGGUAUUUGGGGCAAAACACCAGCUGCUCCCCCUCACCCCCUUUGCCCUCCUGCCCACCCCUACCCACUGCUUUUGCCUUCCUUCCACAGCCCCCAACCCCAGCCCACUUCUGCCUGUUUUAAACGAAUUUCUUGGUUCUUCCCUUCUUCAGGUCAGACCAGGUCUCCCUGGUUUCAGGGACAGGGUGUGGCAAGAGGGGCCCAAACUUAACUACAGCCACCCCUCCCCCCCCCCAAAAAAAAAAAAAACCCGACAGGCACCACUCUCUAACGGUGAAUGAAUGAAAAGCCAACCUUGCCUUCAGAAUAAUCCUGCCAGGGAAGGAGAGAUUUUAGUGACACGUUCAGUGGGCCACUUGCUGUAAUUUUUUAAAAAAAUACAAUUUACAAUCUUAUUUAAGUUCCACCAAUGCCUCCCUCCCUCCUUCUUCUCCCACCCUUUCCCAUGCCCCUCUCUUCAAAUCGUUUUUUUUUUUUUUUAACAAAAACUGGGAAGCAGACUGACUAUAAAGGAAGGAGCUGGGGUUCGAACCUCUCCCCCAAGCUGCUAAUCUCUCCUGCUUCCUCCCCCCACCCCUUCCCCCAGGAUCCCCUGUCAAGCCUGAAAGGGUCUCAGCCCCUUUAGGAAGCCCCUACUCUGUUCUGCCCCCCACAGACCUUUCUUCACCCUUGGGCCCAGACAAAGCAGCUGCCCCUCUCCCUGCCAAAGAGGAGCCGUCCCCUGAAAAGACAAGAGGGGGAGCCCCGAGCUCAGGGUCGUCCCUCCCAGUAACACUCUCCCCAAACUCCUUGAUUUUAUUCUCAGCUAGAUUUUAAUGUCCAGCCUCCUGUCAGUUGGGAAGGCAAUCACCGCAAAAGGAGGUAGAGCGCCCCCACCCCCGGGUUCAAGGCCAGGGUUGCUGGCGAGGGGCUGCUUGUUUUAUUCACCCAGCAGCCUCCGCCCUCCACGCCCCAUCUUGGGCUCUCCUCCUCUGCUUAGCUGUCAGCUGUCAAUCACCGGUUCUCCCCCCACCGCCGCCACCCAUUUGUGGUUUUUUCUCUCUUAAUAGAAAAGUCUGGAGUCACCCCAUUCAUCCCCACGUUUGUUCCUCUCAUCAUUUCUCCCCAUCCCAGGAGGAGCUCUCAGGCCUGGGGUGGGACCCCGGGUGGGCGCGGGGGUGAUUCAACCUGUGUGCUGCGAAGGACGCAACUUCCUCUUGGACAGUGUGCUGUUGUAAACAUAUUUGAAAACUAUUAUCAAUAAAGUUUUGUUUAAAAAAAA